UUACUUCCACCUCGAGCCCUUCUAUCACAAUUCACGCAGUUUAGUUUCUUUCUAGCGGCGCAGGUGCUUUCGAGGCGGAGGCGGAGGCGGAGGCGGAGGCGGAGAACGAAGGGAAGGCGAUGGUGGGGAUUUUUUCUCGGAUUUCUGGCGGAUGGGGGCACCGCCGAGCGCAAAGCGCCACUGAUGUUAGGACCUCAUCGGCACCAAUCAUAGAGGAAGUUAGUGCUGUUCAUACUGCUGUGAACCAUGGAUUUGAAGAAGCAGUGGAGUUUAAACCAGUGGAGCACCCAUCCGAGCCAAUAGUCUAUGAUCAACCAGUUGCAUGCCCACUGCCAGAACCUUCAAUAAUAAAUGAUGGAAGAAUAUGGAAAGAAAGGAGGACAUCCAUCACUGGUCGCGCCAAGGCAGAUUUACCAGUCGUUAAAGAUGCAUCAUGCCUUGAAUCUCGAGAUGGAACAAAGCCAAUGCCAAAUCCAGCCAAGCGACACAUAUCCUCCUCUCUCAGCGCACCUGAGCAUAGUAUCAUCAGCCUGCUAGAGGAGUGUAAUACAUCUCAAGAUCAAGCUGGUUUCUUUCACUCGCGUGUUCAACAUCUUGAACAAGGAAAGAAGGUGGAAAAAGAUGAACUAUAAUUCAACCUGACGAAAGAGAUUUUUAGGCAAGAGAAGGACCUGUUCAUGUUUCAUUGAUGCGCCACAAGAGGUUACUUAACUGAACAAGAUGUAAACAAAAUGUUCUUCAUUUUAUUGCUUUGAUCUUUUCUUGAAUGGCACAAAUAAAAUAUUCUUUUUCACAAUAAUUAAAAUGCUAAAAGAGAGGUCCCACGAUA